AUGGAAGCCGUGAAAGAGUACUUCGAAUGUGUAAAUUUUCACUGGCUAGUCGUGGUACUAUCGGGGAUGUACUUUCACCUAAGACAAAUUUGCAUAAUUGGAUUAUGCUUCGACGAAGAAUCGAUGCCCUUCGAUCCCUCAUAUGCUUCGAUACUUUUCAUCUUUUCCGUACUUUGUCUCCUCGCCGAAUACAAACUUUGGCCGAGAUCCCUGAAAGAGCCACCACCACAAUUGCUUAUCAUUUACGAGAUGUUGGUAGCAGCUUUGGUCACAAAUCUAGCAACGCGAGCAGUAUGGAUACCGCUCAUGCACGCGAUUUAUUGUCUCACUCAGGAAUCCAGCAGAUGGUUGGUAUGGUUGAAUCAGGGUUUGGGAUCGGAGAACGACUCGAUGUUAAACAUUUUGGCGCUGUACAUGGCCAUGGACACCGCGGCCAUGCACGUGGCCUUUUGUCUGUCGGUCCUGUCGUUUGUCUGGAUGCUGGACGCGACGGAAUCUCUGGACGCGAUCCUAGAUCUUUGGAGCAAGUAG